UUGUAAAUUGUAAACAUAUGUUUUGUUUACAUUUUUAAGAAAUGGGUGGAAAAAGUUAUUAUUGCGACUACUGCUGUUGUUUUAUGAAAAACGAUUUGAAUGUGCGCAAACUGCACAAUGGUGGUAUUUUCCACACAAUUGCCAAGACCAAUUACAUGAGGCGUUAUGAGGAUCCCAAAAAGAUAUUAGACGAGGAACGUAGGAAAACUCCUUGCAAGCGAUUUUUUGGUGGCUACUGCAAAUUUGAAACGUAUUGCAAAUAUUGUCACUAUAGUGAGAAGGAAUUACAGGAGCUGGAAAGACUAGUUCUUGCCAAGAAGAAGGCCAACUCCAAAAAGAGAAAGAAAUCCACAAAAUGGCCCUGGAAAACUCAUACGCAAACGGGAUUGCCUAUCUCAUUACAACCCAUUCAGUUAGCCAGGCUCGAACGAACCAAUUUUGAACUUAGCUGGGGCUAAUGAACAGAUAUAUGUAUAUUUACAUCAACACAUUUAAGUCAAUUAUUCAAAAUGCCAACUACUUUCUCCAUGAUGCGGGCCACCUUCAGGUUAAUCCGCAACGUGCGAGCAUAUUCGUAGUGAAACGAUUUCGGAGAAUGCCGGCUUAAGUUCUCCUCAUCCGGAUCGGCCAGGUGUGCCAGCAGGAAAUAGCAAAGGUGUUCUGUAAGAUUAGAAUUUCAUUAAAUAAAUACACAAUCUAAACAGUAAA